CUCACAAAACCCUAACUCUCCUUCUUCCCCAAUUCUUCAGCUUCGAACUUCAGGGCUCACAACCACGCCGCCAUGUUUCUGCCUAGAAUUUGUUCGAAUUCUUCAUCUAAAUUCUCCACUUUUUCCAUCGCCUCUCCACAUUAUCAAUCAUUUCUUCUACCCAUUUUUCAUUUUGAUAAUGCCAGCUGCCAAAUGAGGAGACACUUCUCCGCCUAUCAUAGAUUCGAUUUUGAAUCUAUACGUGAGCCCAAUGAUGCCGUCGCUCUAUUUCGGGAUAUGAUGAGAACGGAGCCGCUUCCUUCUAUUACUGUUUUCACGAAAUUGCUGAGUACUGUGGUGAAGCUGAAACAAUACUCUGCUGCACUUCAUCUGUACGAAAAAAUGCUUCAAAGGGAUGCUCCUGUAAAUCACUACACGUUGAGUAUUGCGAUUGAUUGCUAUUGCCAACUCAAAAGGCCUGAUUUUGGGUUUGCGAUCUUAGGCAGUUUUUUCAAGCGUGGGUUCGAGCCUACCGUGGUGACCUUCAACACUCUCGUGAAAGGCCUUCUGUUUGUUGAAAGGAUCCCAGAGGCAGCUAAAUUGUUGGGGAAGCUGUCGGCCUACCAACUGUGCGAGCCCGACGAGUAUACGUAUAGUACUAUAAUUAAUGGGUUAUGCAAAGCUGGAGAUAUUCUACAGGCGAUUGAUUUGCUCUGCUCAUUGGAAAAAGGAAGAGGGAGCUGCAAACCCGAUGUGUAUGCUUACACUACAGUCAUUGAUAGUCUAUGUAAAGAUGGAAAGAUGGAAGAAGCUCUCCAACUCUUCUCCACUUUGGGUGAUAAGGGGAUUUCACCGAAUGUCGUGACAUAUAAUUCAAUAAUUGAGGGGUUAUGCAAAAGGAGAAGAAUGGAUGAGGCUGAAGACAUGUUAAAGAAGAUGAUAGCUGAUGUGGUCUAUCCAAAUGUGGUGACGUGUAAUAUCUUUGUGGAUGCUUGGUGCAAAGAUGGAAAGGUCGAAGAGGCGGAGCAUAUGUUGGUGUUUAUGAAGGAGCUUGAUGUUCAGGCCAACAUUGUCACAUACAAUGCAUUGAUUAACGGAUAUUGUUUGCAAGGGAAAAUGGACGAAGCUGAACGCAUUUUCCAAUUGGCAUUGAGCUCUGAAAUGAAGCCCGAUAUCAUAAGCUAUUGUGCAUUGAUGAACGGGUAUUGCAAAAAGGGGCGAGUCAACGAAGUUUCACAUCUUUUUACCAUAAUUCCCUACAAAAGGUUAAAGCGCGAUGUGGUUUCUUAUAACAUAAUGCUAGAGGCCUUAUUUCGUGAAGGCAAAUGUGAAGACGGGUUGAAGCUUUUUAAAGAGAUGGAAGCUCUACAAGUGUCUCCGAAUAUAAAGACUUACAAUGUCUUGCUGGAUGGUUUGUGCGGAGCUCAUCGUAUUGUUGAUGCAUUUUCGGUGUUGCAUACCAUGGAAGAUAAAGGCAUUAUUCCGAACAUUGUAACAUACAGUAUUCUGAUUGAAGGAUUGUGUAAUGACAACAAUGUUAGACAAGCAAAGGAUUUGUUCGACAAGCUUCCAUCCAAAGGUUUGCGGCCUAAUGUCAUAACAUACAAUAUUCUCAUUGGUGCACUUUGCAAAGGAGGGCAGAUGGAGGAGGCUAAGGAUCUUUUUGACGAGCUUCCAUCUAAAGGUAUGCAGCCGAACGUAGUAACAUAUAAUAUUCUCAUUGGUGCACUUUGCAAAGAAGGGCAUAUAGAGGAGGCUAAAGAUCUGUUCCGUGAGGUCCUAUCCAAGGGUUUGCAGCCUGGCGUCAUAACUUAUACAAUCCUUAUCGGUGCACUUUGUGAGCAAGGGCAGAUAGAGGAGGCUAAAGAUCUGUUCCAUGAGCUCCUAUCCAAGGGCUUGCAGCCUGACGUCAUAACUUAUACAAUCCUUAUCGGUGCACUUUGUGAGCAAGGGCAGAUAGAGGAGGCUAAAGAUCUGUUCCAUGAGCUCCUAUCCAAGGGCUUGCAGCCUGACGUCAUAACUUAUACAAUCCUUAUCGGUGCACUUUGUGAGCAAGGGCAGAUAGAGGAGGCUAAGGAUUUGAUGGCACAAAUGGUAAACAACGGUUGCUUGCCUGAUAGUGUAACAUACAAUGUUUUUGUUCGAGGUCUUCUCAAAAUGAACAAGAUGCAUGAUGCAAUGCAACUGUUGGAAGAGAUGGAUUCAAGGGGAUGCACACUUGACAAAACUGCAUAUUCGAUGUUGAUUGAACCUGUGAAAAGGCAAGGUAAAGAUAGUGUUCUGUUUAAUAAGGUUAUGAAACUCGUACCAAAGGACUUCUAUUCUAGUUAGGUUUUAUGUUGUGUUUGAAGGUCAGGAAUUAUUGCAAUUGAGAUUAAGGGGAAAGUACAAUUGCUUAUUUGUUUAUUUAAUCUUUAUGUUAUGAUGAUUUAAAAAUGUUUCAAUUUUGUA